AUGCUGACACAAGAAUUUGAAGAUGCUUGGAAUGAUGUUAGCACGAGUAAAGAAUUCGAGUCAUUGCAACUGUUGAGAAAGUGCCAAAUUAAUCUUCUGACCAGUGAAUUUACACUUUCCGAAAAACGUUUGAUUGCAUCAAAAUAUGUAUCAGAAGAGGUUUUGAAGGAAUUAUCUGAUGAAUGCAUCCAAGUUUAUGAUUGCUUUCCUUUAUUAUGUAGAAUGUCCAAAACAUGGGAGGCGAGUAAAGCGUUAUCUUUUUUAUUAAACCCAUUAAGUGUGUUUGAAAAUGAAUUAGAACAGAUGAAAAGAAGAGAGAAACUAAAUUUUUGUGCUUUACUUCUUGUGACUAUUUUUAACAACAAUUUUGAUAAUGGAUUGCUCACUGAUGACAUAGAUAUAAACGAUCGUAAAACAUUAGAUGAUAUACUAGAAGAAUGCGGGGAAACACGAGGUACCUCAAGAGUUUUAAUUAAAGAUCAUUUAGACACAUUGAUUGGAGUUUAUUUAAUGUUCGAAGACAAUUCUUACCGAUUUACAAAUGAAAGGUUAUUUGAAAUGACAUUUACUUUUAUGGCUAAAACAUUCUUGAAAUUCAUGAUCAAGCAUUGUAAAGUAUCAAUGCUUUGUGAUAAAUUUGGUCUUGAGUGUUUAGAUGAAGGCCGGCAGCAUUAUCAUUUUUUCGUGCCUAGUCAUUUUGAGAACUACUUCUUUGAACGGUUAUUAAAGGAAGCAGAUACUUAUAAUUUCCUUGAUAUUUUCGAUUGCCAACAAAUGACUGAUAAAAAAUACAGAGCACAAUUCCUUGCAUUUUGUAAAACAUUUGAUUCUGAAGAAAUAAAUAGGAUAAUGGAAUUAUCCUACUUUGGUAUUAACCUCCUUCAUCUUAUAUCGAAACGUGGGUACAUCGAUUUUGCUGCAUUCUGUUUAGGGAAAGGCGUUGAUAUAAAUAAAUAUGAUGACAUAGGAAUGACCCCAUUACAUAAGGCGUGCAAGUAUGAAAAUGUAAAUUUAGUCGUUUUUUUGUUGAAAGCGGGCGUAAGUGUAAAUUCAUACAAAUCGAGAGGAUUUACUGCAUUAUUUGGAGCAUGCAUGUCUGAAAAAAUACAUGUUGUAAAACAUCUUUUGGAGAAUCGAGCAGACCCGGAUUUGUGCAGUGGCAGGCGUUUGAUACCAUUAUUGCUAGUUAGUGAAAAAGGCUAUUUUGAAAUAGCAAAACUUUUAAUACAAUUCGGGGCAGAUAUAAAUCAGCAAGAUAUUAUGGGUUUUACAGCUCUUCAUCACGCUUGCAUUAAAGGUCAUGAAAAAAUAGUCGAACUUUUAUUAGAAAAAGGAGCAAAUGUUGACAAAAGUUCCGAUGAUGGUGAAACACCGUUACAUUUCGCUUGUGCUUCAUCUUCUAAAAACGUAAUACAGUUGCUUGUUGCAAAGAGGGCUAACUUAUUAGCUUUAUCACGAAAGAGUGGUUUAUCGCCUCUGAGACUUCUUUAUCGCGAUCAAAGGGAUAUUUUAAUCAUUCUUUUACAGACAGCUACUCUCAAUGACGACAUUAACCCGAUAUUCCUAUAUGCAUUAGAAGAAAAUGAUCAAGAUCUUUUGGAAAUUAUAAUGGAAAUUGAUUUAGAAAUCAACAGGUACUUGAAAUCCGGAAAAUCUGCACUUCAGAUCGCUUGUCAAAAUGGCGAUUUAGAAAUUGCAAAUGUGUUAAUAGAAAAUAAGGCUAAUGUGAAUAUUUGUACAAAACAAGGUGAAACAGUGAUGCAGCUUUCUUGUCUAAGUGAAAAUUGUGACUUAGUGAAACUGUUGAUAACUAAAGGGGCUGAUAUAGUCGAUUAUAAACAGUCUAUAGAUUUACCGUCUCCUCUUCAUAUAGGAUGUCUUUUGAAUAAUUAUGAGAUGUGCUCAAUAUUUCUUCAAAAGGAUAUUUGCAUUGAUGUUAAUGCAAGUGAAAAACUAACAUUACAUGCCGCUUAUUCGAUUCGAUCCCCUGACUAUAUCAAUUCUUUAUUGACAAAAGUUGGUCAGUGGCAUGAUACAUGUGUAACUCCUUUUGAAAUAGCAUGCUUUGAACAAAACGUAGAUAUAAUGGAGCUUCUAUUAAACAGUGGAGCUGAACCAAAUCGUUGUUUUGGAACAGAAAGUUUUCCACUAUCUGUUGCCUGUAUUUUAAAAAAUGAAAGUAUGGUAGAAGUUUUAUUGAACAACCAUUCAAACGUUAACACUGCUACAUGUAUUGACGAUAUAUGUCUCACGAUAUUCCAAUGUGAAGAUGCAGUUGAUAUAAUAGAAAUAAUUGCAUAUAAACGCUUUAAUUAUCUUAAUACUCCAGAAUUUCCAAUAUCAGCAUUACAUAUAGCAAGCAUCUGCAGUAAUGAGAAUAUUGUUAAGAUGCUUUUAGAUAGCAAAGCAAGAAUACAUUUAAAAUGUUCUGUUAAUCCAGUGAUGCUUCAAAUUUUAGCCAAUAAUUGUCAGAGCACUUAUAGGCCUGAAAUAGCAUUCAAAAAAUAUUUUGAUUGCAGUAUAAUUCACGAUAUUCUUCCUCUCCACAUAGCUUGUUUAAUGGGAAAUGAUAACAUCGUCAAAAUGUUAUUACGAAGCAACAUUGCUAACCUUCCUAACUAUAUAGACAGUCCAAUUCUAAUAAACACAGAACAGGUUAUAUGCAUUCAUGGUUUACUCGUAGAUUGUGACUUGGUUUCCGGAGAAGAGCAGACAUUUAUGUUAUCCCCAAUACAAAUCGCAUGUUUCAGUGCUCAUUGGACAAUCUUGAAAACGCUUUUAAAACACGGGGCUUCUAUAUUCGAAAGUUGUCGUAUAUCAAAUACUAUACUGGCAGGUUUUUCUAAAAACAUGAAGGAGUUACAAAACACUGAAAUUGACGGAACAGUUUUUAAAACAUCAGUCGAGAUGUUUUUGUUUGAAACAUUUGUCAAAAGUUGUAUAAUAGGUGAUAUACACACGAUCAGAGAUCUUUUAGUGAUUAUUCAAGACACGUCGAUUAUUCAUCAAAACAAAGCCCCAAUUCACUAUGCUUGUGAGUCUAACCAAGCAGAGGUUGUGGAAUUGUUAAUGUCAAACAAUGCAAGCGUAAAUUGUCGUACUGUAGAUUUUGAUACCCCUAUCCAUAUAGCGACCAGAAAUGAGUGCACGCAUAUACUUGAACUUUUGAUAAAAAAUGGUGGAGAUCCAUUUCUUACAAAUAGAGACGGAGAAAAUGCAUUGCACAUUGCAUGCAUGACAAAUAAUAUGGCAUGUUUACAUCUGCUUCUGCAAUCUGACGAGAGUGUUUUUAUUGGUGGUCUUAUUCAAGAAUAUAUGGAUAUCAAAAGUAGCUCAGGAAUGACACCACUUUCAAUUGCUUAUGAUAACAGAAAUAAAGAAAUGCUUAAAGUACUUAUCUUGAAAGGUGCUGAUAUUGAUAAAAGAUAUGGACCACAGAAGGAAACAUUGUUGUUUAAAGCAUGCAAAGAUAGGGAAAACGAUAUAUUAAUGGAGGAUAUGGAACUCCUAGACAAACUAAUUACAACCGGAACAAACAUAGAUAGUAUCAAUGCAUACGGCGAAACUCCUCUUCUGAUUGCUGUUUCAAAACAGAAUGUAAAUAUGAUCCACAAACUGCUAGAUGCGCAUGCCUCUAUAAACCUUCCAAGUACUGUUUAUGGACAAGGUGUUCAAAAUCUGUUUGAAAAAACCUCCAUAGAAAGGAUGAAAAAUGUAGUACCAGUUCAUUUAGCUUGUUUACGCAAUAAUGAAGAAAUCGGGAUACAGUGA